GUGACUCGGGGAUGGUGAGGCAGGGUGGCGACUGCACUUCGGGAGAGCUGGAGCGCCCGGGAGCCCCGGAUCCCCGGCUGGGCCAAUGGAGAAGGCGUCCUCAGGGGCACCAACCGGGUGCCCACCUGCGCAGGGGCUCACAGAGGGUGCUGGACUAGACCUAGGCCCCAUUGGCCCACACAGGGUUCGCCAUCCAGCCUCUCUCUGACCCGGGGAGGGACAGGGGGAGGGCAGAACACCGGGCCCGCCCCGAGCCCUAGCCUAGCUCCAGUCUCGGCCCCAGCCGCGCGGGGCUGCGGCCGCGGGAGGGAGACCAGAGACUCCUCCCCGAGCGGAGAAACCAGUUUGGCCGGUCGGGCAGAGCGGAGAGAAAGGGGCGGCCGCCGAGGAAGGGCGCUCGGACGCGGGGCGGGGGAAAGCGGGGAACCAUUGGCGAGCCGAGAGCCGGAGGAGUCGCAGCCGACUGGACACGCUCCCCGGGGCCCCAGCCAGCCGUGUGCGCCAUGAAGCGCUAGCGCGGGGAGGGCUGGGCCCGGGCGGCGGCGGACAGGUGCGCGGCGAGGCUCGGAGGGGCGCGCCGGACGGAUGCCCCAGCCGGGGCCCUGCGAGCCCUAGCUCCUGGACCCGGAUUGCUCUGACCCGUGCCUCCUCCUGCUUGUACUCUUCAGCUUCAGUCCAGCAUCAUGGUCCUUUUCUGUCCCCAGACCUUCAUAUUUGUUGCCUUCUCACCUGAAACACCCUUCCUUGGAAUCAUUCCUUCUUAUCUUUGGCUUUUGGGCUCCAGUGUCAUUUCCUGAGGGUAGUUCCAAUUUGCCAGCAGAAUGAAUACAGAACAAGACUCAGAAACAACGUGUGAGGAAGAUUCUCAGCCUAAUGAUGAAGUGGUUCCCUACAGUGAUGACGAAACUGAAGAUGAACUUGAAGACCAAGGGCCUGCUAUUGAGCCAGAACAGAAUCGAGUCAACAGAGGAGUGGAAGAAAACCGGGAUACAAUCAGAAAAGAUUGUACAUGGCAAGUCAAAGCAAAUGAUCGAAAGUUCCAUGAACAACAUCAUUUUAUGAACACUAAGUUCUUUUGUAUUAAGAAGAGCAAAUAUGCGAAUAAUGCAAUUAAAACAUACAAGUACAAUGCAUUUACCUUUCUACCAAUGAAUUUGUUUGAGCAGUUUAAGAGAGCAGCCAAUUUCUAUUUCCUGAUCCUUCUUAUCUUACAGGCAAUUCCUGAAAUAUCUACCCUGGCAUGGUACACCACACUCUUCCCCCUACUUCUGGUGCUGGGCAUCACUGCUGUCAAAGACCUGGUGGAUGAUGUGGCUCGGCAUAAAAUGGAUAAGGAAAUCAACAAUAGAACAUGUGAAGUCAUUAAGGAUGGCAGGUUCAAAAUUACCAAGUGGAAAGAUAUUCAAGUUGGAGAUGUUAUUCGUCUGAAGAAAAAUGAUUUUGUUCCAGCGGACAUUCUGUUGCUAUCCAGCUCUGAGCCUAAUAGCCUCUGCUAUGUGGAAACAGCUGAGCUUGAUGGAGAAACCAAUUUAAAGUUCAAAAUGGCACUUGAAAUCACAGACCAAUGUCUUCAAAGGGAGGAUAACUUGGCAACGUUUGAUGGUUUUAUUGAAUGUGAAGAACCCAACAACCGACUAGAUAAGUUUACAGGAACACUAUUUUGGAGAAACAAAAGGUUUUCUUUGGAUGCUGAUAAAAUUUUGUUACGUGGUUGUGUAAUUAGGAACACCAAUAUCUGCCAUGGAUUGGUCAUUUUUGCAGGUGCUGACACUAAGAUAAUGAAGAAUAGUGGGAAAACCAGAUUUAAAAGAACUAAAAUUGAUUAUUUGAUGAACUACAUGGUUUACACGAUCUUUGUUGUUCUCAUCCUGCUUUCUGCUGGGCUUGCCAUUGGCCAUGCAUAUUGGGAAGCACAAGUUGGCAAUUACUCUUGGUAUCUCUAUGAUGGAAAAAAUGCCACUCCCUCCUACCGCGGAUUCCUGAAUUUCUGGGGCUAUCUCAUCGUUCUGAACACCAUGGUGCCCAUAUCUCUCUAUGUCAGUGUGGAAAUAAUUCGUUUGGGACAGAGUCACUUCAUUAACUGGGACCUGCAGAUGUACUACACUGAGAAGGAUACACCUGCAAAGGCUAGGACCACUACGCUAAAUGAGCAGCUUGGGCAGAUCCAUUACAUCUUCUCUGAUAAGACGGGGACACUCACACAAAAUAUCAUGACCUUUAAAAAGUGCUGCAUCAAUGGGCAAAUCUAUGGAGACCAUCGAGAUGCUUCUCAACACAGUCACAGCAAAAUAGAGCAAGUUGAUUUUAGCUGGAAUAUAUUUGCUGAUGGGAAGCUUGCAUUUUAUGACCAUUAUCUUAUUGAGCAAAUCCAAUCAGGGAAGGAGCCAGAAAUCCGGCAGUUCUUCUUCUUGCUUGCAGUCUGCCACACAGUCAUGGUGGACCGGACUGACGGUCAGAUCAACUACCAGGCAGCCUCGCCUGAUGAAGGUGCCCUGGUAAAUGCCGCAAGGAAUUUUGGCUUUGCCUUUCUCGCCAGGACACAGAACACCAUCACCAUCAGUGAACUGGGCAUUCAAAGGACCUACAAUGUUCUUGCCAUUUUAGACUUCAACAGUGACCGGAAGCGAAUGUCUAUAAUAGUAAGGACCCCUGAAGGCAAUAUCAGGCUCUAUUGCAAAGGUGCUGACACUGUAAUUUAUGAGCGAUUACAUCGAAUGAAUCCUAUAAAGCAAGAAACACAAGAUGCCCUGGAUAUCUUUGCAAGUGAAACUCUUCGAACUCUGUGCCUUUGCUACAAGGAAAUUGAAGAAAAAGAAUUUGCAGAAUGGAAUAAAAAGUUUAUGGCUGCUAGUGUGGCCUCAACCAACCGGGAUGAAGCUCUGGAUAAAGUGUAUGAGGAGAUUGAAAAAGACUUAAUUCUAUUAGGAGCUACAGCUAUUGAAGACAAGCUACAGGAUGGAGUGCCGGAAACCAUUUCAAAACUCGCAAAAGCUGAUAUUAAGAUCUGGGUGCUCACUGGAGACAAAAAGGAAACUGCCGAAAACAUAGGAUUUGCUUGUGAACUUCUGACAGAAGACACCACUAUCUGCUACGGGGAAGAUAUAAAUUCUCUUCUUCACACAAGGAUGGAAAACCAGAGAAACAGAGGUGGAGUCUAUGCAAAAUUUGCACCUGUUGUACGAGAACCUUUUUUCCCACCUGGUGAAAACCGCGCCUUAAUAAUCACUGGUUCUUGGUUGAAUGAAAUUCUUCUAGAGAAAAAGACUAAGAAAAGCAAUAUUCUGAAGCUGAAGUUUCCCAAGACAGAAGAAGAGAGACGAAUGCGGACCCAAAGUAAGAGAAGGCUUGAAGCUAAGAAAGAGCAGCGACAGAAGAACUUUGUGGACCUAGCCUGUGAGUGCAGCGCUGUCAUCUGCUGCCGAGUCACCCCCAAGCAGAAGGCCAUGGUAGUGGACCUGGUGAAGAGGUAUAAGAAGGCCAUCACGCUGGCCAUUGGAGAUGGAGCCAACGACGUGAACAUGAUCAAAACUGCCCACAUUGGUGUUGGAAUAAGUGGACAAGAAGGAAUGCAAGCUGUCAUGUCCAGUGAUUAUUCCUUUGCCCAGUUCAGAUACCUGCAGAGGCUACUGCUGGUGCAUGGUCGGUGGUCUUACAUAAGGAUGUGCAAGUUCCUGCGAUACUUCUUUUAUAAAAACUUUGCAUUUACUUUGGUUCAUUUCUGGUACUCCUUCUUCAAUGGCUACUCUGCACAGACGGCGUAUGAGGACUGGUUCAUCACCCUGUACAAUGUGCUCUACUCCAGCCUGCCUGUGCUCCUCAUGGGGCUGCUCGACCAGGAUGUGAGCGACAAACUAAGCCUCCGAUUCCCUGCUUUGUAUGUAGUGGGCCAAAGAGACUUAUUAUUCAACUAUAAGAGAUUCUUCGUCAGCUUGUUGCACGGAGUCUUAACAUCGAUGGUCCUCUUCUUCAUCCCUCUUGGAGCUUAUCUGCAAACUGUGGGACAGGAUGGAGAGGCACCUUCAGACUACCAAUCUUUUGCUGUCACAAUUGCCUCAGCUCUAGUAAUAACAGUCAAUUUCCAGAUUGGCUUGGAUACUUCCUACUGGACUUUUGUGAAUGCUUUUUCAAUUUUUGGAAGCAUUGCACUUUAUUUUGGCAUCAUGUUUGACUUUCAUAGUGCUGGAAUACAUGUUCUCUUUCCAUCUGCAUUUCAAUUUACAGGCACAGCUUCCAAUGCCCUGCGGCAGCCAUAUAUUUGGCUGACUAUCAUCUUGACCAUUGCAGUGUGUUUACUGCCUGUCAUUGCCAUCCGUUUCUUGUCAAUGACCAUUUGGCCAUCAGAAAGCGAUAAGAUCCACAAACAUCGUAAGAGGCUGAAGGCUGAGGAGCAGUGGCAGCGGCGGCAGAACGUGUUCCGCCGGGGCGCGUCAUCAAGGCGCUCGGCCUACGCCUUCUCGCACCAGCGGGGCUACGCAGACCUCAUAUCGUCAGGGCGCAGCAUCCGCCGGAAGCGUGCGCCGCUGGACGCCAUCAUCGCCGACGAGGGCUUCGCGCACCAGGGUGCCGCCGAGUACCGGCGAACGGUGGAGAGUUGAGGUUACCCGCAGCCGAGCACCUGCACACACCGGAAAUAUCUAUUUUUUUAUGGAAGGCCCUCAGGACCAUUUUUUUUAAACUGAAUGUGUCACAAUGAUACUGAAGGCAAUAAUUUUUGUAACUACUUGGGUUGGGCUAUUAUGCAAUAGCAACGCCAAGAGAAUCUAUUACUCAGCUGGUUAUGGUCAUUAUGAUUCAAAGGGAAUGUUUUAAUCCAGACUCAAUCUAGGACAAAAGAAUUAGAAAACGUCUUAUAUUUCAGUUCGAAUGACCCUGCAUUAUAAAAUUCCAACUGACUUUUCCUGUCUGUGAUCUUCACGGAUUUCGCAGAGCACGGGUUUCUUCCCCCUAUUGGCCGCAUUUUUAGCCAAGGACACGCGCGUGUGGCUGGGAACUGAACCUAGAUCCUUGUACAUGCCAGGAAAGAGCUUUACCACUGAUCUACCUGCCAGCCCUAACAAAGAUUUACAGGCUUUUUACAAAAUAAUUUUUAAAAACCGAGGGCAUUAUCAAUGGGUAUUAAGUUACAAUUAGAAUAAAUUCUGGUGUUCUGUUGCAUAGUAGGAUGUCUGUAGAUAAUUAUAAUGAACUAUGUAUUUCAGAAAAGCUAGAAGAAAAAAACUUUGAAUCUUUGCACCACAAAAAAAAAAAAUGUUUGAAGAGACAGAAAAACAAUGAUCUGGGCACAAUACAAUGUGUACUUUAUUAAAAUAUUACAUGGUAGGCUGGGGGGUGUACAGCACCAUGCAGAAGACCCUAGGUUCAGUCUCCAGCACCACCACUUUUUAAAAAGGAACCAUCAGAUGGUAUUCCAUAAAUAUGUGUAAUUAUGAGUAAAUUACUAAUUUAAUUUUUUACCAAAAAAAAAAAAGAAUCUCUAUCAAAAAACUUAGAUGUAGUUCCCUUUGGCAGAAGACACUAUUUUAUCCAGGCUUGGUGGCACAGGCCUGUUAUCCUAGUACCUAGCACUGAGGAGACUGAGGCAGGAGGCUUGCCGUGAGUUUGAGGCUGGCCUGGACUACAUAGUGUUUUGAAGGUCAGCUUGAACUACAUAGUGGGACUCUGUCUCAAAAAACAAACAAGAAAAGGAAGAGAAGGAGGGAGAGAGGGAGGAAGGAGAAAAAAAGAGAGGGAUGGAGAGGGAGGGAGAGAGAAAGGCUGGCAGACAGGCACUAUUUUAGAUUCCUCAGCCCACUGGACAUACGGCCGUGGUGUCAUCAGGGCGACUGGUCUUCAUUAUCCAGUAAGUGAAAGGUUGCUGCUACAUAAAGGAAUAGGCCUAAAACCCAGGGGAUCCUUUGGGAGCCCUCCCUAGCACUACCUGGGAUAAAAAUGAAAGACCCAACAUGUAGUGGAAGAAAUAAGUAUAAACAUACAAAUAAAAUCUGAGGAUAUCGGUAAUAAUUGCAGAACAUUUCCCAGAGCUGUAUUUUGAAAAGCAAACUUCCAUGCUUGCCUACAUGCAAAAUCCUUUAUAAGGGCCCUAAACAGAAGCUGCACUCUUUGUCACCUCUCUUGUGUCUUGACCGAAAAAGCUGUUGGGAAUAGUGCUGUUUUUCAAACUUUAAGGAUAACUUUACAUGGUUAUGAAAAAUACCUUCCUCCAUAAGGUAAAAGUUAUUUUUUUCAAAUGUUUUUUCUUAUUUUAUGCCUUUCAAGUCCCUUUGAAGUCGUAUGAAGAAAUCACAAGUGUACAUUUCUAUAUACACAGGACAGAAAAAUUUAAUUAUAAUUUUAUAGUGCAUUUUCUAGGUGUGAUAAAAUUCAUGGUUAUUCUACAGAAAUAAAUUUCUGAAAGUUUACAACUUUACCUUGUAAAUAAAAAGAAUUGUAUGUUUCUUUUUUUUUUUUUUU